CGCUCAUUGGCCACUGCUCGUUUCCCGCCGUUGCUAAUGCCCUCCCAGAGAGCUGUCAAUCACACCAGCUCCUCCUCCUCAUUGGCUCCUGCCUGUUGUCACUCUUGCUUCACGCCCCGCCCCAUUGGGCAGCAGCAGCCAAUCAGAGCGCGAGGCCUUUUCCCGGCCGCCCAUUGGCUGCCGCGGGCGCGGGGGGGCGGGGCGAGCCCAGCCCUGUGUCAUGUGAGGGCGCGGUCACGUGAGGGGGGGUGUCAUGGCGGCGGCCGGGGCGGCGGCGCUGCCGCUGCUGCUGCUCCUGCUCGGGGCGGCCGCGGGCUGCGGGUACCAGUCGUGCCCCCCGACACGGCCGGACAUGCUGAACGUGCACCUGGUGCCGCACUCACACGAUGACGUGGGCUGGCUCAAGACGGUGGAUCAGUAUUACUAUGGGGUUCGGAACCAGGACCAGCACGCGGGUGUCCAGUACAUCCUGGACUCGGUGGUGGCCCAGCUGGCCGCUGUCCCCUCCCGUCGCUUCGUCUACGCCGAGGUGGCGUUCCUGGCGCGCUGGUGGCAGCAGCAGGACAAUGCCACACGGAGCCUGGUCACACAGCUGGUGCAGGAGGGACGGCUGGAGCUGGUCGGGGGGGGCUGGUGCAUGAACGACGAGGCCGCGGCGCAUUACGGGGGGGUCGUGGAGCAGCUGGCCCUGGGCCGGCGGUUCCUGCGCCGCCUCUUCGGGGACUGCGGCGCUCCCCGCGUGGCCUGGCAGAUCGACCCCUUCGGCCACUCCCGAGAGAUGGCCGCCAUCUUCGCACAGAUGGGGUACGAUGGGCUGUUUUUGGGGCGCGUGGAUCACCAGGACAAGUGGCAGCGGCUGCAGCGCCGGGAGCUGGAGCUGCUCUGGAGGGGCAGCGAGAGCCUGGAGCCCCCCCGGGCUGACAUCUUCACUGGGAUCCUGCCCAACGUGUACAACCCCCCCGCGGGGCUGUGCUGGGACCAGCUCUGCAGUGACCCCCCCGUGGUGGACGGGGACGGCCCCGAGCGCAACGUGGACUCAGUGGUCACCUCCUUCCUGCAGGCAGCGGCCACGCAGGCCCAGCAGUACCGGACCAAUCACAUCCUGAUGACGAUGGGCUCCGACUUCCACUACGAGAAUGCUCACCUGUGGUUCAAGAACCUGGACAAGCUGAUCGCCCACGCCAACGCCAGGCAAGCCGCCGGCAGCCGCGUCCACGCCCUGUACUCGACCCCCUCCUGUUACCUGCGGGAGCUGAACCGAGCCAACCUCACCUGGCCGCUGAAGUCGGACGAUUUCCUGCCGUACUCGGACGGGCCCCACCAGUUCUGGAGCGGCUUCUUCAGCAGCCGCCCCGCGCUCAAGGGCUACGAGCGCCUCAGCAGCGGCUUCCUGCAGGUCUGCAGCCAGCUGGAAGCUCUGGCCGGGCCCUCGGUCCGGGACGGUCCCUUCGGCCCUGGGGACAGCUCUGUGCUCCGCGAGGCUGUGGCCGUGGCCCAGCACCACGACGCGGUGGCCGGCACCGAGCGGCAGCACGUGGCCAACGACUACGCCCGGCAGCUGGCCAAGGGCUGGGACCGCUGCCAGGUGCUGGUGGCCAACGCUCUGUCCCUGCUGGGGGACACCAAGGGUCCCUUCGUGUUCUGCAACGCCCUCAACGUCAGCGUGUGCCCCCUGAGCGAGAGCACCCAGCAGAUCCAGAACCUGGCCCAGGGCUUCUCUCUGCCCGUCUUCCAAAGCUUCUACUGGUACAACGCCAGCACUGGGGACCGCAGAGCCCAGGCCUCGGGCGCCUACAUCUUCCGACCCAACUCCUCGGCGCCCGUCCCCGUGGCCAAGCGCGCGGCCACGCGCCUCCUCAAGACGGCGCUGGUGCAGGAGCUGCACCAGAACUUCUCGGCGUGGUGCUCGCAGGUGCUGCGCCUGGCCCCGGGGCAGCCUUACCUGGAGCUGGAGUGGACCGUGGGGCCCAUCCCCGUCACGGACGGGCUGGGCAAGGAGAUCAUCAGCCGCUUUGAGACCCCGCUGCGCACCGACGGCCGCUUCUACACCGACUCCAACGGGCGCCAGGUGCUGGAGCGCAGGCGUGACCACCGGCCCACCUGGAACCUGAGCCAGAGCGAGCCCGUGGCCGGGAAUAUUACCCCAGUGACCACCCGGAUCUUCAUCAAGGACCGGCAGGUGCAGCUGACGGUGCUCACCGAUCGCUCGCAGGGCGGCAGCAGCGUCAUGGACGGGUCCCUGGAGCUGAUGGUGCACCGGAGGCUCCUCCAGGACGAUAACCGGGGGCUCGGGGAGCCGCUGGACGAGCCAGGUGAGCCGGGCGGGGCCUGGGGUGCGGGGCCGCACCGGCUGCUCCUGGACACGCCCGCGGCCACCGCAGCCCACCGGCCACUGGCCCAGGAGAUGGUGACACCCCCACAACUGGUGCUGGUACCUGGAGAGGGGCCUCACCUGCGGCAGUUCUCAGGGGUGCAGCAGGCGCUGCCCCCCCGCCUGCAGCUGCUGUCGCUGGAGCUGACCCCGUUCUCCGGGGUGCAGCAGGCGCUGCCCCCCCGCCUGCAGCUGCUGUCGCUGCAGCCCCUCGGGGCCGGGACCCUCCUGCUGCGCCUGGAGCAGCUCCUGGAGCCCCACAACGGCUCCCGGCCGGUCAGCGUGGACGUGACGCCCUAG